UGAGCUGAGAAUAGAGGGCCAGAAGCAGAGGCAUCCGUCGGGGGGAAUUUCAGCCACUACGGAGAUGGUGUUAGGGAUGGAAGGCGUGGAACUAGGUGCAGAUGGCAAGGUGGUGUCCUAUGCAAACUUCUUGUACCCAACCAACGCUCUUGUGGGCCACAAAAGUGAUGGCAUCAGUGCUGUUUCCGUAUGUCGAGCAACUGCAUCCCGAACAGCUGGAGGAUCGAGGUACAAGCCUUCAGCAGCCAAAACCAUCCCUUCCACUGCAGAUCUGGGAAAUGAAGUGGGAGAGUUAGCAGAAUACAAUCCCAAUUUGCUUGAUGACCCACAGUGGCCGUGUGGGAAACACAAACGUGUCCUGAUCUUUGCAUCGUACAUGACCACCGUGAUUGAAUACGUAAAACCCUCAGAUCUUAAAAAGGAUAUGAAUGAAACGUUUAAAGAAAAAUUUCCUCACAUCAAACUCACGCUAAGCAAAAUCAGAAGUUUAAAGAGAGAAAUGCGGACCCUGAGUAUGGAGUGCAACCUGGAGCCAAUUACUGUGUCCAUGGCUUAUGUCUACUUUGAGAAGCUCGUCCUUCAAGGCAAGCUCAACAAACAGAACCGGAAACUGUGUGCCGGUGCUUGUGUGCUGCUCGCAGCUAAGAUUAGCAGUGAUCUCAGGAAACACGAAGUCAAACACCUAAUUGAUAAGUUGGAAGAACGAUUCCGAUUCAACAGACGAGAUCUCAUUGGAUUUGAAUUUACUGUUCUGGUGGCUUUGGAAUUAGCUCUUUACCUUCCAGAUAACCAGGUGUUACCUCACUUCCGUCGUCUCUCACAACAGUCCUAGUCAAAGCUACAUUAUAACAAAAGCACCAAUCC